AUGCCUCAGGCCCUGGGAAAAGUUCUCUGCAAAGUCCUCAGCAUGAGUUUGCAGGCCCCACCCACACUCUUGGAGCUGGCAAGUAGGAGCCUGGUAAGGGAUGAGGCCUUGGAACACUCCUCCCUGCAGGACCUGCCCAUGGAUUUCUUCUUACCAAUUUUCCUGGAGGCAUUCAAAGGGGGACACAUGGAUGUGCUGAGGUCAAUGGUACAGGCCUGGCCAUUCCUUACACUGCCCUUGGGGUCACUGAUGAAGACACCCCAUCUGGAAACCUUGCAAGCCAUCCUAGAUGGGCUUGAUAUGCUGCUUGCCAUGAAGGAUCGUCCCAGAGAGUGGAAACUGCACGUGCUCAGUCUGCAGAAGGGGGAUGAGAACGUGUGGAAGAUGGGGUGUGGACGCAUAGCCCGCGCCUGCUCAGAGCUCCCCAGUGAGGUGCAAACAGGCAUCCCUGGUUCUGAGUUGGGAACAAAGCCUUUGAGGAUAUUCACGGAUCUUUGCAUCACAUAUGAAAAUGGACCUCUUCAUGGCUUUCAAGCCCACCUCUUGCACUGGGUGAGGAUGAGGAAACAGGUCGUUGAACUGUGUUGCAGGAGGCUGCAGAUUUUAUCUGAUUCCAUGUACAAAGUACAGAAGUUUCUGCAUGUUGUAUGCCUGGACAGCAUCAAGGAGUUGGACGUGGACAGUUUUUUUCAUCAGGACACCGUGAAAAUAUUUGUUCCUUACAUGGGCAGGAUGAGAAACCUUGAGAAGUUUUCCUUUAAAUGUACGAAUCCAGAAACAUACAUUUCCAUGAGGCAAAAAAAGUGGUAUUCCUGUAUAUAUGCUGCCCAUUUACAAAAGCUGGAUAAUCUGAGGGAGAUCUGCAUAAAUGAUGCCUUCUUUCUUAAAGGAAAACUGCACAAGAUCCUCAGGAGUCACACUCCCUUGCAGACCCUCUGCUUGAAGUCUAGCCCACUUACCGAGUCAGACUUGAAGCAUCUUUCUGAGUGUCCAAGCACGGAUCAGCUGAAGCAUCUGACUCUGAGCAACAUCGACAUGGCAGACUUCAGUCCGCAGCCCCUCCGAGCUCUGCUAGAGAAGGUGGCAGGCACUCUUGAGACCCUGAACUUAGAGCUUUGCAAGAUGAAUGACUCCCACAUUAAUUGCAUCCUACCUGUCCUGGACAGCUGCUCCCGCCUCACCAAGCUCAAUUGCUCUGGGAACCACAUGUCCAUGUCUGUGCUGGAGAACCUGAUGUGCCACACUGCCAGGCUCAGUCAGUUAAGCCAAGUGUUGUAUCCUGUGCCUUCCAGUUUUGAGGAAGGAGACUGGAAUGUGUUUGAUGAAGAGAAAUUUCUUAAUGUCUCUUCUAAGUUGAGACAGUGCUUCGACUGA